AAGUAUUUGGUGGUAAGAGCAGGACGAACAUGUCGGCGGUGAAUGUGGACUUGGUGCUGAGUGCUCGCCAUGUCGUGCCGGUGGUCCCUGAGGGAAUCGUAUUGGACAACCACUCGAUCGUUGUCAAGGAUGGCAUCAUCGUGGCCAUCGUACCCACGGCAGACGUGGAAGGAGCGUUCGUCGCCGCCGAAACCUUGGCAUUGUCCGACCACAUCCUGAUUCCCGGCCUCGUCAAUGCGCACACGCAUUCGUCCAUGACCCUUCUUCGAGGGCUCGCGGAUGACAAACCUCUCUGUGAAUGGCUCAUGGAAGACAUUUUCCCUGCCGAGGGCAAGUUUGUCAGCGACGAGUUUGUCCGUGACGGGUGCUGCUCCUUUUACCUAAGCUAGUUGAUUGAGGCCGGUGUGCUAUAGCACGUUGCACUCGGCGGCGGAAAUGAUUCGCAGUGGCACGACGUGCGCGAACGAAAUGUACUUCUUCCCGGAUGCCGCUGCAUCAACGUUCGAGGCUGUCGGGCUUCGGGCACUCGUCGGUCAAGUCGUGAUGGAGUUCCCAACGGCGUAUGGGAAUGGUCCGGCCGACUACUUUGCCAAGGCUCGCGCGAUGUUCACCAAGUACAAGGACUCGUCGUUGAUCACUCUCGCCAUGGCGCCGCACGCUCCGUACACAGUGUCGGACGCGUCGUUCGAGCAAGUCGUGGCGCUAUCGCGCGAGUUCAAUGCACGAAUUCACCUGCAUCUCCAUGAAACAGAAGCCGAAUGUGUCGACAGCACACACAAGACGCCAUCCAUGAUGUGCCAUCAGUCUGCCGAGCACUGCCGCCCGUUGAAAAACAUGCAGCGCCUCGGAGUCCUAAAUGACCAACUCAUUGCGGCCCACAUGACGCAACUCACGGACGACGAAAUUGCCGCCGUCGCCGCGGCCGGGACGCACGUUUCGCAUUGCCCCACGUCCAACUUGAAGCUCGCGUCGGGACUUUGCCGUGUCUCGGACCUGCUGGCAAAGGGCGUGAAUGUUGCGAUCGGGACGGACGGUGCCGCCAGCAACAACACACUCAACAUGUUUGCCGAGAUGAAGAUGGCGGCCAUCCUUGCCAAGGCCGAGUCCAAAGUUAGCACGAGUGUGCCCGCAGCCACGGCGCUGCGCAUGGCGACGUUGAAUGGGGCCAAGGCGCUGGGACUCGACGCCAAGAUCGGAUCGCUUGAAGUGGGCAAAUUCGCAGAUAUUGUCGCCGUGAGCACAGACUGCGUCGAAAUGCUGCCCAUGUACAGCGCCAUUAGCCACUUGGUGUACGCUGCCGGCCGUGAAAAUGUGUCGGACGUGUGGGUGGCUGGGAAGCGCCUUCUUGCCAACCGUAUUCUCACCACGAUCGAUGAAGUCGAAGUCAAGCAACACUGCAAAAAGUGGCACGACGCGAUCCGCGACCAUCACGCUGAGAUGAUCGCGUCCAAGUAGAAAUCUUUUCAAGAAGAGGAUGGCUCUUCCAUUUGGUCAAUGUCCUCACGAUUGUGACGUUGCGGCUUCCUUGAGCCCUGAAGCACGUCGCUAUCGAUAGGCAGUACCCAUUUCAGG